AUGAAGUCCAUUCUCAAUCUUUCAGCGCUGCUAGCCAUCGCCGCUGCAGGCAUUGCCAGUGGUUGGGAGAACAAUGCUACUAAAGUCGUUGCUCCAAUCGAUGAGGAGGCUGUACCUGAUCAGCCAACCGAAAUCUUCAAACCGCUCCCCCAUAAGCACGUCAACAAACACGACCACAACAACCUCGUUCCUAAGAAGAAAACUUCGUUCUACUACUCGACGAAAUCGAAGAACAAAACGGCUGACGCACACAUAACCGUCAACCACACCAUGAAGUACCCGUCAGUAAUGUUGGAGGACAUUGCGGCGAUUACCGAGGUCGAUUGCACCCCUAACUCGGUCAAAACGACGUUCAACGACACGAAGGUGUUUGAGAGAGCUCGAGCUUUUUGGUAUAAUAACCAUGGCCCUCUGGUCCUCGUUACGAACCAUUUGGGAGAUUGUGACAGUGAACUGGAUAGAGCUUUCUUCAUUGCCACCUCUGUAAAAUGGGACGCCAAGACUCUGGUAGCAAUCGCAUAUGCUAGGAAGGCAGAUGUUUCUAGUAUUGCCACCCAGUCCGAAAUCUCCUUCGGCGAUAUCGCUGCAGGCUCCCUCACUCCAGUCAAGAGCAAGCGUAGUUUAGACCCCUCCAUGUCCUUCAGCCCAACUUACUCCCUUUCUCCGAACACCACCCUCUUCUCCCAAGCGCCUUACGUAGAUAUCAAGGCGGAGAAGGGUUUGUUCGCUUCAAACGUGACCUUGUCAGGCUACCUGCGCUACGACUGGUUGGGGUUUAAGUUAAAAGAGCUUUACUUCGAUCUCGAUGCCGAUUUCAACGCGGACUUGGUUUUCAGCGCCAGUGUGGAAGCAGAAUUCGCCACGUCUUUCGAAUUCGCUGCACCUGUGGUCGCCCAGGGCAUUGCCGUUCCAGGAGUCCUGGAGCUAGGACCUAUGCUCGAGUUCUCCGUCGGCAGUGACAUCGGAGUAUCUGCUGCUGUUGAUCUCUCCACUGAGUUUAAGCUCGACCUUGCAGGCGCAAAUGUCCACAUUGAUGUCAUGAACAAGAACAACACGGCUUUUAGCGGCUGGGUCCCAACCUACUCCGCCAGCGCGGAUCUAAACGUCAAGGCCCAAGCUCACUUCGACCCAUACGCCGCCCUCACCGUUCAAGUCGCAGCCAAUGCCUUUGGUGGUCUCUUGGACCUAUCUACCGGAGUUGUCGCCAAGGCCGAAUUCGAAAACCAAUUCUCGAUCUCUGCCGAAGUCGCCGUUGACGAGAACGGCAUUGAGAACACCACGGGCACCAAGAACGCGGGCGUUUGUCCGCACGGAAUUUAUCUUGAAAGUGAGUUCUUGUUCAGUCUGGAUGUGUUCGCGACGGAGUGGUACUCCGCUUCGAUUGUCGCAUUCGCAGAGCCCUUCUUGGAGAAGUGCUACAGCUGGGAUUCUCAUUUUUAG